ACCCUGAACCAAAAAACCACCCCGCCGCGUUUUAGAUUUCUGAGUCACAGGCCCUCCAAAACCACAGCUCGCCUUGUUUCGUCAUAGCUGGGGGGUUCUCAACCAAUUUUCUCCGAUAAUUCAGAGGAAUUCAAGUCGUCAAAUUCUACACAAGCUGCAAGAAUGGCGACGUCCGGGAGCGAAACAGUACUCCCUAUUCGCGAAGGUGAAGAGGAAAAGAAAGCUGAACAGCAAAUCGACCCGUGGGAUGUUCAAGCAGGACGAGACGAGAAUGGCAAUGUCCUGGCAUUCGACUAUGAGGCUAUUUCAAAGAAAUGGGCAACCAAACUCAUCGACGAAGACCUCCUACAGAGAUUUGAGCGCUUAACUGGUCACAAACCGCAUCGUUGGUUAAGACGAGGAUUAUUCUUUUCGCAUCGCGAUUUCGACAGGAUUCUGGACAAGUACGAGGCUGGUGAACCGUUCUUUAUGUAUACCGGCAGAGGGCCGUCUAGCGAUGCGCUGCAUUUGGGACAUACCAUUCCAUUUUCCUUCACGAAAUGGCUUCAGGACGUAUUUGAUGUUCCGCUAGUCAUUAUGCUUACUGACGAUGAAAAGGCGCUCUUUAAAGAAAAACUUACUUUCGAGGAAACGUACAAGUUCGGUUUACAGAACGCAAAGGACAUUAUUGCUUGCGGAUUCGAUCUCAAAAAGACUUUCAUCUACAGUGAUCUGGAAUACAUCAGUGGGCCGUUUUUGACAAACGUCUGGGAAUUCUCGAAAUUAGUCACAUUCAACCAAGUGCGGGGUGCCUUUGGAUUUAACGAGAGUACUAACAUUGGCCGGAUUAUGUUCCCUGCGGUACAAUGUGUCGCUGCUUUCGCUACGUCUUAUCCUGAGAUUUGGUCUGACAAGCCCACGAAAGAGCGAACAAAAGCUCUGGCGAAAAUCCCUUGCCUGGUUCCGAUGGCCAUUGACCAGGAUCCUUAUUUCCGCCUCGUCCGUGACAACGCGCAUCGCAUGCGAUAUCCUUCUCCCAAACCCGCCUUGAUACACUCGAAGUUUCUUACGGCACUACAGGGCGCAGGCGGCAAAAUGAGUGCGAGUGAUCCAAAUUCGGCGAUUUUCAUGACAGAUACACCCAAUCAAAUCAAGAAUAAAAUCAAUAAACACGCGUUCAGUGGGGGCAGGGAGACACUGGAAGAGCAUCGCGAACUCGGCGGCAUACCAGAGAUUGAUGUCGCAUUUCAAUACCUCUCCUACUUUGAAGACGAUGAUGAGAAACUCAAGAAAAUCGAAGACAGUUACAGAAGCGGAGAGCUGCUUACUGGGGAAUUGAAGAAGAUGGCCAUCGAAUUGAUUCAGGGGAAUGUUAAGGAGUUCCAGAGCAGGAGAAAUGCUGUCACGGACGAGCUUCUGCGGCAGUACAUGACGCCUCGCAAGCUGGAAUGGAAAGGAAACCCAAACCCCAAACCCAAGGAGUCCAAAAAGGAGAAGGGAGCAGCGGCAUAGCAAGCUGAACAGUGAAAAUACUACAUAGUCAGAGUACUUUAUUUUCGUCAGCUGAAAUCAUCAGCCGUGGAUUCGGCGAUCCCUAGCGUUUUAGAUGACAGGAGAAUAAUGCAGACGAAGUAAUUACUUGUGUCGUUUUCUGUUUCUAGUUCUGUUGGUGGUCCCUGCACGAUAUUCACAUGUGAUUCGAUCAUGCAACACGAAGCUGUCUCACACUCAAUAGGAGAAAAAUACCAGGAUCCCCAUCCUCGCUCUCACAUCGACUAGCAAAGAUAGUACCAGCGAUUGACGAGGC